AUGGCUUCUCUGAAAAUACAUUCUCUCAAAACCCCAUCACUUUCCCUUUCCUCUAAAUGGAACCUUCGCUCCUCUUUUCCCGGCACCUUCCCUAACAACAUCCGUUUUUCCCGCUCCCAACAGCAAAGCCACCGCUUCUUCGUCGUCACCGCCGCCCCCGCCCCAGGUUCUUCCUCCAAGAAGCCAAUCGUACCCGCCGCCCCAACUUCAUCACCAUCCAGUUCUUCGUCCAAGAAGCCAACCGUACUCGUCGCCGAGAAGCUCGGCGAGGCCGGUUUAGCGUUGCUUAGACACCACGCCAACGUCGACUGCUGUUACAACCUCUCCCCCGAAGAGCUCCGUAUCAAGGUUGCGCAUUGCGACGCCUUGAUCGUCCGUAGCGCCACCAAAGUCAACCGCACGGUUUUUGAAUCUUCCGGAGGGAGAUUGAAGGUCAUCGGGAGAGCUGGCGUUGGUAUCGAUAAUGUCGAUCUGGCCGCCGCCACCGAGCACGGUUGUUUGGUUGUCAAUGCUCCGACGGCUAACACCAUUGCCGCGGCGGAGCACGGGAUCGCGCUUUUAACUGCCAUGGCUCGAAAUGUAGCUCAGGCUGAUGCUUCCAUGAAAUCUGGGAAAUGGCAAAGGAGCAAGAAUGUUGGUGUAUCCCUUGUCGGAAAAAGGAUAGCCGUCUUAGGUUUCGGUAAGGUCGGAUCGGAAGUAGCUCGGCGAGCAAAGGGACUCGGAAUGCAUGUUAUUGCACAUGAUCCUUACGCUCCGGCGGAUCUUGCUCAUGUUAUCGGUGUUGAGCUAGUGGGCUUGAAGGAAGCCAUAGCAACUGCAGAUUUCAUCUCUUUGCACAUGCCUCUCACCCCUGCUACUUCGAAGAUGCUCAAUGCCGAGGCAUUCUCUAAGAUGAAGAAAGGCGUUCGUAUCAUUAACGUUGCUCGCGGGGGAGUGAUUGACGAAGAUGCGCUUUGGAGGGCGUUGAACGGCGGGAUCGUAGCUCAGGCUGCUCUUGAUGUCUUCAGUGAGGAGCCACCUAGUAAGGACAACAAGUUGGUGCAGCAUGAGAAGGUUACCGUCACUCCGCAUCUUGGUGCUAGUACGAUGGAGGCUCAAGAAGAAGUGGCUAUCGAGAUCGCUGAAGCUGUUGUUGGUGCCUUGAAAGGGGAACUUGCUGCAACUGCGGUUAAUGCACCAAUGGUCCCUGCUGAGGUUCUGAACGAGUUGAAACCGUAUGUCAAACUUGCUGAGAAACUUGGGAGGCUGGCUGUCCAAUUGGUAUCAGGUGGACGUGGUGUCAAGACCGUGAAAGUAUCCUAUACUUCUUCCCGAGCCGAGCUCGAUACAAGGUUGCUCCGUGCUAUGAUCACCAAGGGAAUAAUCGAGCCGAUUUGCAACGUUUAUGUGAACCUUGUCAAUGCCGACUACACGGCUAAACAAAGGGGACUACGGAUAAUGGAGGAACGAAUCUAUUUAGAUGGUUCAUCCGAGUCUCCACUCGAAUCUAUCGAAGUCCAGAUUGCUAAUGUGGAAUCGAAAUUCGCUAGCGCCAAAUCAUCCGUCGGCGAGAUCAGUGUCAAAGGGCGGGUGAAGGACGGAAUCCCUCGUUUGACGAAGGUAGGGUCAUUCGGAGUUGAUGUGAGCUUGGAAGGUAGUAUCAUACUUUGCAGUCAGGUUGAUCAACCCGGUAUGAUCGGUAAAGUGGGAAGCAUUUUGGGCGAGGAGAACGUGAACGUGAGCUUCAUGAGUGUGGGGAGGAUUGCUCCGAGGAUGCACGCGGUUAUGGCCAUUGGAGUCGAUGAGCAGCCGAGGAAAGAAUCGUUGAAGAGGAUCGGUGAGGUCCCUGCCAUUGAAGAGCUUGUUUUCCUUAAGUUGUAGGAUUGCAGCAUCAUUGAUAUUACCCUAUUUCUUUUACUCGUUG